AUGACACAGCGUUCCCGAUUAGGAAAACGAUUCGAAGCAUAUGACAAUUUAAUCUGUAGCUUAGAUACGGAAAAUGAUCUAAACGAAAUAACACUUGAAAAUCUCACCACUCCAGAAAUCGAUAUCACUAAUGACGAAGAAGAUCAACCCAUAGGCAGAUCACCUGUCCGAAGCUAUAGCAAUCUAAUAUAUGACUCGAUUUCGAACUACAGUCAGCGUGCAUCUCGAGCAUCAUCGAUUAGUGAACAACUACGCAACUUACGUCGAAAGUUCAGCUAUCGAACAGAUACAAUUAAAGAAAUCAUUCAUCAACCAUCUGAUUUCGAGCAUGGUAAUACUGGAACCAGCGUGACUGUUCGUGAAGAACAACAGCAAAGUCAGUUUCCACGUCGCUCGAUCUUCGCAUCAGAAACUGUAAGCCAAGCUUCGACUGAUAGUAUAAAAAUCGAAGGCACCGGACUAAAACAAAGUGUACAAAGAACUAUUCUCCGCUGUACACGUAAAUGUGGUAUUCGAAAACCGAUUGAUACCGACAGCAGUUCACAUUUAAUUUGGUUACUUCUUGUCGCAAUGGCGUAUUUGUAUAACUUUAUAUCGGUACCAUUUCGUAUCGCAUUUCCAGUUUGGGACAAAGGCCAAACACAAAUUUGGCUGUGGCUGAUUAUUGAUUAUUCAUGUGAUGUUUUGUAUCUAAUUGACACAUGUUUUGUUCAGACAAGAAUUAAAUAUCUAGAAAAUGGUCUGUGGGUUACAUCAUUUCGUUUAACAGCCAUAAGAUAUUUCCAUUCAGUGCGAUUCAUCUUCGACUGUUUAUCAUUGAUUCCAUUGGAUUUAUUCUAUUUUCUUUUUGGCUUUCAAGCAAUAUUUCGUUUGCCACGUUUAUUAAAACUUCAAUCUUUAACGGAUUUCUUUCGAAAUUGUGAUCGAUGGGUUCAAUCGUUCUUUGCAAGUGUACGUCUAGUUCGAAUUCUCGCUUUGCUUCUCUAUGUUAUCCUAUCUGUCCAUGUUUAUGCGUGUAUCUACUUUCUUUUUUCCAAUUAUGAACGUCGACAUGGAGUCAACAAUGGAUGGGUUUAUAAAAUCGAAAAUCAACCACGUAUGAGUGCAUAUUCGUACUCGUUUUAUUAUUGCUUUAAAAUUGCAUCGACUAUUGGAAAUAUUCCGAGCCCUGAAACGGGCUUAGAAUAUGUUUUCGUUAUCAUCGGGUAUCUAUUCGCUUUGUUUAUAUUCGCUUUGUUAAUUGGACAAAUACGUGAUGUGUUUCAAUCGAUGAAUCAACGACGUUCGGAAUAUCAAAAUAAAGUUGAACAAGUCAUGCAAUAUUUAAAGAAGUUUGAACUACCAAAAACUGUGCAAGAUCGAGUAAGAAACUGGUUUCAAUAUAAUUGGGAGGAUAGAAAUACUCUCGAAGAUGAUGAUACAACUCUAUCAUUCUUACCAACUACACUGCAAACAGAAUUAGCUAUCAGUAUUCAUUAUGAUACACUAUCGAAAGUGCAAUUAUUUCAAGACUGUGAAAGGACUUUUCUUCAUUCGCUCGUAUUAAAACUAAAGCCUGCUCUGUUCUUACCAGGUGAUUAUAUUUGUAAAAAGGGUGAAAUUGGCCGAGAAAUGUAUAUUGUCAAUCAUGGUGUUCUUGACGUCUUCAUCGAUGAUAAACGUAUAGCAGGCCUUGAAGAUGGUGCCGUAUUUGGUGAAAUCAGUUUACUGGAAGUGGCUGGUGGAAAUCGACGUACAGCUGAUGUGAUCUCGCGAGGUUUCUCAACGCUAUUUACUUUACAUAAAGCGGAUCUGAAUGAACAAUUGAAAGAUUUUCCUGAAGCUGGAAAAAUCUUACGUCGAAAGGCCAGAAAACUAAUGAAGCGUUCGUCGAAACCCGACGACGAAGAAGCUAAUCGCGAUGAUGGCAUCGUUCAAGCAGAACCAAUCAUUGUCGAUCAUCCACCGAAACCAGAUCCAAAACUACUCAAUACUGUUCUCAAAGCAGUCGGCACGAAAUCGAAACUAGCUGAAGUGUUAACGCGACCACGACCAAGCAUGUAUCCAACAUAUUCAUUAGAAGUUCCAGAUAUAACAAUAACUGCCAAUCAUGAAUCAAUUGAAAAUGAUCUUAAUCGAAAUCGUCUUAUUCCAACGUUAACAGUGACGCCUGCCGAUGCAACUACAACACGUAUCCAAACGCUCCGUCAGCGACUGUUCGCUACACCUCGAGAGAAUUUACCAUCAGCGAUGCGCCAGUCCAAUGAUGAAGAUGAUCUAUUUCUACCUAGAAACUUGUCAACAUCAGAGACGAACGAAACACUACUAUUUGACGAUGAUCUAGUUUGA